UCCAGUGAGUCCCUGAGUUUGGGCUCAAAGAGAAGCUCUUCCAUUAGGCAUUACAAAGCUUUGCACUCAGGACUUGGGAGCCGGGCUGGUCUGGACCGGGCAGAAUUGGGGGGAAAUGGGAAAUGCUGAUUCAGCAGUCUCCCCCCAAGUCUUGGGUGUUUCUCUGAAGCUCCCAGGAGAGCAGUUAGAAGUCCCCAGGCUAGUUUCCGAUUUUCUGCAGGUUAGCACUCAGAAGUCUUUGGUGCUUUGGUAUACUUGACCCGAGUCCUUUCUAGGCACCCAAUAGGAGUUGAGCCUAAACUGUCAGUAAUUCCUCCCAUCCCGCGGCCUGACCGGAAUUUGCCUGGGGGGUUGGUUCGGGCCAGGAGGAGGCGGAAGCAGCUCCUAGGCAGGCUGGCGGAAGGGUGUUGUUCACCUUGCUAGGGUCUGCUUAUUUCCCAGUGGCGAUCGGACACCAUGCCCUGCCAUAACCAGCAGCUCGGCCCUCCGGCCGCAGCCACCUCCCCGUGCCCGGAGCCCGUGGCCCCCGGCGACGGGCCCGGGCAGGAGCCAGCAGGAGGCCGGGGUAAGCUGCCGGCGGCAAACGGGGCGGAUAACGCUGGGGGACCUCUGGCGGAAGACUGCGAGUCCCAGGGGCUCUUCUGCCACCAGCUUGGGCCGCAGCUCAAAGUGCUGCCCAUGAACGACCAGAUCCGGGAGCUGCAGACCAUCAUCCGGGCCAAGACGGCCAGCCGCGGGGACUUCGUAUUUUCCGCCGACCGUUUGAUCCGGCUGGUGGUGGAAGAGGGCCUGAACCAGCUGCCCUACGAGCGGUGUACCGUGACCACGCCGACCGGCCACAAGUACGAGGGUAUCAGUUUUGAGAAGGGCAACUGCGGUGUGAGCAUCAUGAGGAGUGGGGAGGCCAUGGAGCAUGGCCUGCGCGACUGCUGCCGCUCCAUCCGCAUCGGCAAGAUUCUCAUCCAGAGCGACGAGGACACCCAGAGGGCCAAGGUCUAUUACGCCAAGUUCCCCCCGGACAUCGAGCGCAGGAAGGUCCUGCUCAUGUACCCCAUCCUGAGCACGGGGAACACCGUCAUCGAGGCCGUGAAGGUCCUCAUAGAGCACGGAGUGCAGCCCAGCGUCAUCAUCGUGCUCAGCCUCUUCUCCACGCCCCACGGCGCCACGUCUAUCAUCCGGGAGUUCCCAGACCUCAGGAUCCUAACCACCGAGGUCCAUCCUGUUGCGCCCACACACUUUGGGCAGAAGUAUUUCGGGACAGAUUAAGGUUUCCCCGUAUGAUGUCAUGAGGUCAUUGAGUUUCCUCUUGGCCCAUUUCCGUUGGGAAAUGGAAUGAGCCGGUGAAGGGGAAGCACUGCUUAAAUGGACUUCUUUUUCUGGGCCAGAUGGGAAAUACUGGCGGUUUCUUCGUUUCAUUUGGUUGUUUCUUGACUGUUGGACCCUAGUGUGGCCACGAAGCACCCUCAGUUCUUUAGAAUCGAUGGGAAUUUAAAAACUGUGUAUAUUAUGCAAAUUGCUGGACUUUUCAGUCAGAUAAUUUAGCCUCUGAGGUUUACUGAUGUUACAAAUAAAACCAAAAAAGAGUUCUCCCAGCCUGGUUGGGACUUGCAUUGUGUUCUGUUUGCUAAGAGAGAGAAAAUUGAGAAGGAGAGGAAGAGACACACUUGAAAAGCUGAGAAAAUUGGGAAGG